ACCUUAGCGUUUUAGGGUUAACUGCGGUAUUUCACAACUCAGCUGACGAACACAACUUCCUCUAAAUUAUUAUAAAAGGGGCUACGCACUCUGCAGAUCGUCUUUGUUGCACCCAGUAUCUAUGAGGUCGCAUACAGCCACCUGUCCCAGUUUAUCCUUACAAUGAUUGCAAGAUCAUUGGUUUUAAUAAAAGUUCUACACGCUUCGCUUCUAGUAUCAAGUGUCUUUUCCGAAGAUGUCCGAGCGAAGCGGCAAGCCGGGUACGUGUAUAAUAGACCGAGUAUAUCCUUCGAUCUGCCUCCUCGGACAACCGGGGCACCUACACAAGGCACUCAAGCCCCUAAUGUUGACAGGACACUAGGUGGAGCGCAACAGAUGUUUUACGCGUACCCGGCGCCCGCGGGCGGCUCCGUGGACAUAGGGUACUCCACCACGGGUUCCACUGCGGGGACCACAGCGUCAACGGCUGGGGGCUACAGCUAUGGAGGAGCUCAAGCGGGAGCAGGCGGAGGCGGGGGCUAUGGAGGGGGCGGGGGUGGUGGUGGCUACGGUGUAGCAGGUGGCGGUGGAGGCGGGGGCUACGGUGGUGGUGGCGGCGUAGGCGGAGGCGGUAGUGGCGGCGGCGGAGGUGGUGCAGCUGCUGGAUAUUCUUACGAUGCACCCAGUACCGCAGCUCCACGGCCAAGCCCAACACCAGGAACACCAGGCACGGUAUCUACUAACGCACCGGAGUACUUGCCACCUGUCGGGGGUGGAGGUGUCUCAAUAGGCGGAAGCUUGGGGGGUUACACUAGCCCUACUCCUGGAUCUAGCCCGACUCCCGGCACGAGCCCAACACCUGGGACGAGCCCGACGCCAGCGCCCACUCCGACCGCCUCGUAUCUGCCACCUAACCCUUCCACUCCAGCCCCACCCCCUCCUCCAUCCAGCUCGAUGCCACCACCGCCACCGCCUCCUCCAGGGCAGAAUCCAGGCGCCGGAUAUUUUCUACCGAUUCCUUCCCCUCCAUUCCCGCCUCCAGCCGGGACCCCACCCCCGCCACCUCCCCCAACAGCUGGAUACUUGCCUCCUGUCUCGUCACCCGCGCCAACUCCAGGCACCGUGUCCACCCCGGCUGCUACGUACUUGCCACCAGUAUUUAAAAAAUAA